AUGUCAGGACGAGCGCCUCCUGGAGGCAGCUCUCGCCAGAAUGACGAUCUCCUGCUCGACUUGGAUGACCAGCCGGGCCACGGCUACAGCGGCGGCCACGGCGGUGGCUACUCGGGCGACGCACCUUCCCGGCCCUCCGUGUCCUACGAUGACUUCAUCGGCGCAGGCGCUGCCAGCGAGACGACUCACCCCUCCGUCAAGAACCCGCCCACCGGCGCAACAGCCUCGACGCCGCGCCCGCCGUACCUAGGCCAGGCCGACCGCCAGUACAGCCAGACAUCAGAUCUGAACAACUACCAGCGCUAUGCCGACGACUUCGACGACUAUCCCGACGACAAUCAUUCGUACUAUCAGAACGGCGGCGACACUUCGGGCCGUGACAACGCGAGGAAUCGAAACAGCGUGCUGAGCAUGGGCGGCGGCUUCCUGGGACGGGCCAAGAAGGCGAUGGGCCUGGGCGAAGGCUACUCAGAGAUGGACCUCCCGCUCACCGAGCCCGGCGGCCGGCCGCGCGCCGAAUCCAGCGUCGACACCCAGCCGCGCCCGAACAAAAAGUUCGACAUAAAGAAUUUCAAGUUCGGCUUCGGCCGCGGCAAGCCAGAUCCUUCGACACUGGGCCCACGGAUAAUCCACCUGAACAACCCACCAGCCAACGCGACGGUCAAGUACGCCAGCAAUCACGUCUCGACCGCCAAGUACAAUGUCGCUACAUUCCUACCCAAGUUCCUGCUGGAGCAGUUCUCCAAGUUCGCCAACAUUUUCUUCUUGUUCACUGCAGCACUACAGCAGAUCCCAAAUCUGUCGCCGACCAACAAGUACACUACCAUCGGACCCUUGAUUGUUGUGUUGAUGGUAUCGGCUGGCAAGGAGUUGGUGGAGGACUAUAGGCGGAAGCAGGCGGACAGCGCAUUGAACAACUCCAAGGCCAGAGUCCUCCGCGGAUCCAACUUUGACGAGAUGAAGUGGGUUGAUGUUACCGUGGGAGAUAUCGUCCGUGUCGAAUCCGAGGAGCCCUUUCCAGCCGAUCUGGUUCUCCUGGCGAGUUCCGAGCCCGAGGGUCUGUGUUACAUCGAAACCGCGAACCUGGAUGGAGAGACCAACCUCAAGAUCAAACAGGCUAUCCCCGAGACAGCUAAUAUGGUUAGCACCUCAGAGCUUAGCCGACUAGGGGGUAGGGUGCGGUCCGAGCAACCGAACAACAGCUUGUACACGUACGAGGCGACGAUGACGAUGCAGGCUGGCGGCGGCGAGAAAGAACUACCCUUGAACCCCGAGCAGCUGUUGCUUCGUGGUGCCACUUUGCGGAACACGCCCUGGAUCCAUGGUAUAGUUGUCUUCACUGGCCACGAAACCAAGCUUAUGCGGAAUGCCACGGCGGCCCCUAUCAAACGAACCAGAGUCGAACGUCAGCUCAACAUUCUGGUUCUGGCCCUCAUUGGCCUUCUCCUCGUUCUCAGCGCCAUUUGCACCGUCGGUGAUCUCGUUUUCCGGUCAUCUCGGGGAGGUUCGGUUCCCUACCUUGAAUUGGAUUCUCUCAGUGGAGUAGGUGUCGUGGUUCAGACCAUUUUCAAGGAUCUAGUGACGUAUUGGGUCCUGUUCUCAGCUUUGGUGCCAAUCUCCCUUUUUGUCACGAUUGAAAUGGUCAAGUAUUGGCAUGGCAUCCUCAUUAAUGACGAUCUGGACAUUUAUCACGAUAAGACAGACACGCCAGCAAAUUGCAGGACGUCAAGUUUGGUCGAAGAAUUGGGCAUGGUUGGUUAUGUCUUCUCGGAUAAGACAGGAACCCUCACAUGCAACGUCAUGGAGUUUAAGCAGUGCACUAUAUCCGGCAUUCAGUACGCGGAAGAAGUUCCCGAAGACCGCCGCGCAACUGUGCAAGAUGGUGUGGAGGUUGGCAUACACGAUUUCAAGCGGGUUGCACAGAAUCUCCAAUCCCACGAAAGCGCCCCGGCUAUCCAGCAUUUUCUCGCUCUUCUUUCGACAUGCCACACUGUGAUUCCAGAGCGGGACGAGAAGACUGGCAAAAUCAAGUACCAGGCUGCUUCGCCCGACGAAGGCGCUUUGGUUCAGGGAGCUGCGGAUCUGGGCUACAAAUUUGUCGCCCGUAAGCCGCGUGCCGUUAUAAUCGAAGUUGACGGCAAACAGUACGAAUACGAGCUGUUGGCUGUAUGCGAGUUCAACUCGACAAGAAAACGAAUGUCCACAAUCUAUCGAUGCCCUGAUGGGAAGAUCAGAUGCUACACCAAAGGAGCUGAUACCGUGAUUCUCGAGCGCCUCAACGAGAGCAACCCCCAUGUCGAUGCGACUCUUAUCCAUCUAGAAGAGUAUGCAUCGGAAGGUCUGCGAACGCUAUGUUUGGCAAUGCGAGAGAUCCCCGAGAACGAGUUUCAGGAGUGGUAUUCUGUUUUCGACAAGGCACAGACGACCGUUAGCGGCAAUCGAGCUGAAGAAUUGGACAAGGCUGCCGAGUUGAUUGAGCAUGACUUCUUCCUCUUGGGAGCCACUGCUAUCGAGGAUAAACUCCAGGACGGCGUGCCUGAGACCAUCCACACUCUCCAACAGGCCAACAUCAAAGUUUGGGUCCUCACUGGCGAUCGACAAGAGACGGCUAUCAACAUUGGCAUGAGUUCCAAGCUCCUUAGCGAGGAUAUGACCUUGCUUAUUGUUAACGAAGAAACGCCCGCCGCCACGCGCGAUAACAUUCUGAAGAAACUUGAGGCCAUCCACAACAAUGCUGAGGGUUCCAUCGAGCUGGAUACCCUGGCUCUGGUAAUCGAUGGCAAGUCUCUAGGGUACGCGCUUGAGAAGGACUUGGAGAAGCACUUCUACGAUCUUGCAGUCAUGUGCAAAGCUGUCAUCUGCUGUCGUGUCUCGCCCCUGCAGAAGUCCCUGGUCGUCAAGUUGGUGAAGAAAUACACGAGCGAGGUAACGCUCGCCAUCGGUGAUGGAGCGAACGAUGUCUCCAUGAUUCAGGCGGCCCACAUUGGUGUCGGUAUCAGUGGUAUGGAGGGUCUGCAGGCUGCACGAAGCGCCGAUGUGUCGAUCGCCCAGUUCAGAUUCCUUCGAAAACUUACACUUGUUCACGGCGCCUGGAGUUAUCAGCGCAUUAGCAGAGCAAUUCUGUUCUCAUUCUACAAAAACAUUACGCUGUACAUGACGCAGUUCUGGUACACUUUCCAGAACGUCUUUUCUGGUGAGGUCAUCUACGAAUCGUGGACCUUGUCCUUUUACAACGUCUUCUACACGGUCCUGCCUCCGUUGGCUAUUGGUAUCCUGGACCAAUUCAUCUCGGCACGUCUACUCGAUCGGUACCCUCAGCUUUAUGCCAUCGGACAGGAGAACCAAUUUUUCAAGGUUCGGGUCUUCGCCAACUGGAUCAUCAACGCCUUCUACCACUCCCUGGUCCUGUACAUUGGCAGCGAGCUGAUCUGGUAUGGCGAUAUCAUCCUGAAUGAUGGUACAACUGCAGGUCAUUGGGUCUGGGGCACUGCCUUGUACGGUGCUGUCCUUGCCACAGUGCUCGGAAAAGCCAGUCUGAUUACGAACAACUGGACCAAGUACCACGUCAUCUCCAUUCCUGGCAGCAUGGCCAUCUGGAUCGUCUUCGUGGCCAUUUACGCUUAUGUCGCCCCCAAGCUGGGUUUCUCGACCGAAUAUGAUGGCCUCGUUCCCAAGCUGUUCUCAUCACCAAUAUUCUAUCUACAAAUGAUUGUUCUGCCGUGCUUAUGUCUGCUGCGAGACUUCUCGUGGAAGUACGCAAAGCGCAUGUACAGGCCGCAGACGUACCACCACAUCCAAGAAAUCCAAAAGUACAACAUUCAAGAUUACAGACCGAGAAUGGAACAAUUCCAAAAAGCCAUUCGCAAAGUCCGACAAGUGCAGCGCAUGCGCAAACAGCGCGGGUACGCCUUUUCCCAGGCAGACGAGAGUCAAACACGCGUUAUCAAUGCGUACGAUACCACGAGACAUCGUGGCAGGUAUGGAGAGAUGCCCAUGGCGUCAGAGGGGUCAUGA